GGAGUGGGCCGCGGGGGGUGGAGGAAGCGGCCUCGCGUUGAGGAGGGAGCAAUUGAAUUUCAAACACAAACAACCGCACGAGCGCGCCCCGAGCCGAGCGUUGCCCACCGCGCCCGCCCCGUCCGAGCGGCGCGCGGGCGCAGACGCCGUGGCUGCUCCGGAGCUCGCGCCGGGGGCCACCAUCGAGGCGGGGGCCGCGCGAGGGCCGGAGCGCAGCGGCGCCACAACCGCCGCACGCGCAAACUUGGGCUCGCGCUUCCCGGCUCGGCGCGGAGCCCGGGGCGCCCGCGGCCCCGCCAUGUCGCGAUCCAACCGGCAGAAGGAGUACAAAUGCGGGGACCUGGUGUUCGCGAAGAUGAAGGGAUACCCACACUGGCCGGCUCGGAUUGAUGAGAUGCCUGAGGCUGCAGUGAAAUCAACAGCCAAUAAAUAUCAAGUCUUUUUUUUUGGAACCCACGAGACGGCAUUCCUGGGCCCCAAAGACCUCUUCCCUUACGAGGAAUCCAAGGAGAAGUUUGGCAAGCCCAACAAGAGGAAAGGGUUCAGCGAGGGGCUAUGGGAGAUCGAGAACAACCCUACAGUCAAGGCCUCUGGCUACCAGUCCUCUCAGAAAAAGAGUUGUGUGGAAGAGCCUGAGUUGGAGCGUCAAGUCCCUGAGGGUGAUGGUGAUAAGAAAGGCAAUGCAGAGGGUAGCAGUGAUGAGGAAGGGAAACUGGUCAUCGAUGAGCCAACCAAGGACAAGAGUGAGAAGGGGAUGCUGAAGAGGAGAGCAGGGGACAUGUUGGAGGACUCCCCUAAACGCCCCAAGGAGUCGGGAGACCAUGAAGAAGAGGAUAAGGAGAUGGCUACCUUGGAGGGUGAGAGGCCCCUACCAGUAGAGAUGGAGAAGAACAGUACUCCUUCUGAGCCAGACUCUGGCCAGGGACCUCCUCCAGAGGAGGAGGAGGAGGAAGAAGAGGAGGAGGCUUCCAAGGAAGGGGCUGAAGCCGAGGGCGUCAGAGAUCAUGAGAGCCUGUAGCCACCAAUGUUUCAAGAGGAGCCCCUGCCCCGUUCCUGCUGCUGUCUGGGUGCUACUGGGGAAACUGGCCAUGGCCUGCAAACUGGGAACCCUUUUCCCACCCAACCCACUCUCCUCCUUCACUCACAUUCUUCUUUUUAAGCCCACCCUUGGAGAUUGGCUUGGCCCUCACCUCCAGGUCCCUGUACCCUGUGACCUGAGUCAGGGCAAUGUGCCCUGGGAUGAUUGGGGCCAUUAUAUCUCCUUAGACUUGUCUCCUAGGGCUUGUGUUGGGGUCUGGGCUCCUGUUUCCACCUCUUGACACCUCUGCCCUUCUGCAGGCAUUCUAGACCUUUGGGCUGGGUUGGGGCAGGAGUGGGAUGAUGAAAUAUACAAUUAGGUGUGGGUUUCUGGGUGGCAUCUCCUGAGUCUGUCUCCUGCUCCCAUCCAUAUUUUCCCAUCUGCCUAAAUUCAAGAAAAAGGGGACAGACACUAUGUGGGAGAGAGGCUCCCAUCCAUAAAUCCUUGGUGAUUUUGAGAAAAUUUUUUUCCUGACCUCAGGGUUCAAGGAAUUAUAGUUUAACAUUAAGACUUUUGGAGUUUCCAAGUUGGUAGGGCCAAGGACCUGGAGAGAGUGGAUAAUCUGAAGGAUUGACUUAUCUGUUUGUAUUGAGUAAAUGUCUCUCUUUAGAUCUCAGGUCAGAGAUGAGGUAAUGUGGGGAGACCCUGCUGCCUUCUUUCCUCUUCCCACAAUGCUCAAGGCCAGCCUCCAGUCAGAUAUAUCACCCAGACAUAAAGGAAAAAGACACAUUUUUUUAGGAAAUGUUUUUAAUAAAAGAAAAUUACAAAAAAAAAAGAAAAAAAAAAACCAACCUGUUAAUCCCCAAGCCUUUGUGUGCCCCCCACUACUGACCUGUUUCCGAGGUGCACUGGGAGGCUCCCUUCUGUUCAAGUGAUGACUCUUUGGAGCUAGGGCUUUGAUGUCCUUCCAGAGUUGGUCCUCUGGCGUUGUCACACAUCCAGUUUGUAGCCCACUGAAUACAGGGAAACGUACUCUCUCCCAGCCUCUUCUGGGGUUUCUUUGCCCCCUUCCUUCUCUUUUACUCCUAUCCCUCCCUUGGGCUCUGAAGAAAAAUUGCUGACUGUAGCUUUGGAAGUGUAGCUCUGAGAACCAUAGACAAUUUGAGUUCUAGGAAAAUAAAGCCGUUGAUUACUA